CAGGCAACAAUUGGCAUUGACUUCUUAUCGAAAACCAUGUAUUUGGAAGAUCGAACAGUACGGUUGCAAUUAUGGGACACAGCAGGUCAAGAACGGUUCAGGAGCUUGAUUCCUAGCUACAUUCGUGACUCCACUGUUGCAGUUGUUGUUUAUGAUAUCACAAAUGUAAACUCGUUCCAGCAAACCACAAAAUGGAUUGAUGAUGUCAGAACGGAAAGGGGCAGUGAUGUCAUCAUUAUGCUGGUGGGAAAUAAAACAGAUCUAGCAGAUAAGAGACAAGUGUCCAUCGAGGAAGGAGAAAGAAAAGCCAAAGAGCUGAAUGUAAUGUUCAUUGAAACUAGUGCAAAAGCAGGAUACAAUGUAAAACAGCUUUUCCGACGUGUGGCAGCUGCCUUGCCUGGAAUGGAAAGCACACAAGACAAAAGUAGAGAAGACAUGAUCGACAUAAAACUGGAAAAGCCUCAAGAGCAGCCUGUCAGUGAAGGAGGCUGUUCCUGCUAAUACCAUGUGGCUUCUACCUUUCUCCAGAACAUCACUGCUUUCCCUCCCUUUACUCUUCAUUGACUGCAGUGUGAAUAUUGGCUUGAACCUUCCCCUUUCAGUAAUAACGUAUUGCAGUUCAUCAUCGCUGGCUGUCUCGUGGAGAUGAUCUAUUAGCUUCACAAGCACACACACACACACAAAGAAAAUGUCAGUGUCUUCAUUAUUUAUAAGAAAAAGCCAAAAUAUUCCAGCAUAUUCUAGUUAUAACUUUAAAAAGAUAGGUACAAUUUCUUAAUAUUUGUUCCUUUUUUAAUAUGUUAUGAUAUUGCACUUUGAAAUGAUGGAAACUGAGCAAGUUUUGAAUUGGACUUAGAUGAGAUGUAUGUGCAGAAUAAUGCUUGCAUAGCUUUUACCCAUUUGAUUUCUCUAACAAACUGGAAAGGACUAGACAGCGGUCAAAAAUGCAAGCAGAGGAAGCAUAUGCCAGGGGUUAAAUGCUAUCCAUAUAACAAAAAAUAAAACCAAGCUCUUAAUCUUUUGA